GGAUGCGGUUGUGAUAUACAUAGGAGAAAGCGAGAACAACAAGCAAUUGGUCAACAUCAUGCUCCGAUUCAAUGCCUGCGACUGUCUCGUCUAUGACCCAGCCAGUCCUCCUCUCCCGGCCCCGCCACGGCUCCGCGAAGUGUCGGUCAAAACCAGCCAAGCCCUCAAGCGCCGAUACUACCUGGUACAACGCGCACGGGAUGCAUCUGUCUUCGGGGUAGUGGUUGGGACUCUGGGCGUGGGCAGGUAUAUGAGUGUGGUGGCGGCCGUGCGCCGUCUCAUCGCCCGGGCGGGCAAGAAGGCCUACACCCUGUUGAUAGGGAAACUCAAUGCGGCCAAACUCGCGAACUUUGCCGAGAUCGAGACCUUCGUCCUGGUGGCGUGUCCCGAGGCCUCACUCCUGGAGGACGGCGGCAGAGCUUUCCACGCGCCUGUCGUCACGCCGCUGGAGAUGGAGAUGGCUUUGGGUGGAAAGUCGUGGGAUGGCUCGUAUAGCACCGAUUUUCGCGAGCUCGAGUCCCUCUGCCAAAGUUGCGCACAGAAGGAGCGUGGUCUAGAUACUGACUUGAGGAAAAAUGGUAACUGUGCCAAUUGUGAAAGCGAUGGCGAGGACGAGCCCUACUUCUCGCUGGUCUCCGGCGGCUACAAGGGCGGUGUAGAGGGGAAGGCGAA